UGUUUCAUGAAUCGCAGCUGUCCAUAAUGAAACUACAGUGAAUACAGCCGAAGUUUGGCAUGAAGUUCAGAGAACUCCUGAACAGCACCUAUCACACAAAGCACUGAUCUAAACACGCUAAGACACAGAACUUAACUAAGAUAAUGACAGAAAUCGAAAAUAAUUCCAACGACACAAAAGUCAACUCUAGCGAAGAAGAGGUAAGAACACUGUUCGUUAGCGGUCURCCUAUAGAUGUCAAGCCCAGAGAGGUUUACUUACUAUUCCGUGGUUAUAAGGGUUAUGAAGGAUCUUUAUUAAAACUAACAGACAAACAGGGCAAAACUUCUCCGGUUGCGUUUGUAACGUUCGAGGAAAAAUCUAACGCUGAAGAAGCAAAAGAAGAAUUACAGGGCGUCCGUUUCGAUCCCGACGUUGCACAGACUCUUAGACUAGAGUUUGCUAAAUCCAAUACUAAAGGCAGCAAACCAACCAAUAAACAAGCUGUGCUGACAACUGGGAUACCUUACAGAGAGCCUAUAAUGACCCCUGAUUAUAUUGGGACUAGUUUUUUUCCUGUACACGAGCCAAGCCUUGGAUAUCAGGCUCCAUUGAUCAACGACCUAAUGACCGCUGCAGUAGCGCAGGCUCAAGUUGCGCAGCACAACUUUGCCCACCACCCCACUGCACUUCAACUUCAGCAUCACCCAGGUUUCGCAUCAAUACCCUCACCCCUACCCUCUCCUCUACAUUCCCCCCUACCCCCARCAGCACCCAAUCCAGCCUUACAGCACAUGGCAGCAGCCGCAAUAGCAGCAGGAAACCCUCCUUGCAGCACACUCUUCGUCGCUAACCUUGGUAAAAACUGCACAGAGUCGGAGCUCAACAACUUAUUUGGAAGGCUCCCAGGAUUUCGUAGACUUAAAAUGCACAAUAAAGGCAACUCACCCGUCUGUUUUAUUGAAUUUCAAAAUGAAAUACUGGCUACACAAGCAAUGCAAUACUUUCAAGGCUACAUUCCGCCAUCUUCCGAAAAGGGAGGUAUAAGAAUUGAAUUUGCCAAGACAAAAAUGGGAGAGGGGUCAGCUGGUUUGUCUCCUCAACGUAAUGAUGGCCCAUUCUUUUUACAGCCGUUACAACAAGGAAUUGCCUAUCAAUAACAAUUACGAUUAUGGAAUGCUGAAAUUAUUGAACAAAUGUCCAAGAACAAUUAUACAAAUAUGAGGAAUUCACAAUUCAUUCAAUUUUCUAAAAAUGAUAUUAAUGCAUGAACAAACAAUGACACUCUUAGGCUCCAGUCUCUAACGUUCCCUUCAGUCCGAGAAUUACUGAGCAGAGGGUGAAAGGAACGUCAGCCAUUGUCAAACGUACCUUUUUACAAACCAUAUUUGGUAAUCAAAAAAAAAUGAACCACAUAAAUCACAUUUUUGCGAUGCGCUCACCAUAUCCGCCAUUUUUUUACUUCUUACAUAACUAAAAUAUAAGGGGCAGGCACUGCUUGCUAUAGAAGAAUUUAUAAUAAGACUAGAUAAUGACCAGACAUGAGAAACCAAGUCUGCAGGCGACUUCUCGACACGUUUUCUUUAUAUUGACGCUGGGUUUCCUGUUUCACGUAACCGAGAGGGACUAGGAUUAUAUGAAAAAUUAGCAAGGUCYAAGUCUCACUCGGACGUAAGAGUAACAAGGAAUCCCAGAGGGUCCAAAAGAAUGGUAGUCUGUUAACAGUGGUCAAUGUAUGGUGAUUGUUUAUAAAUUUUGUACACUUUAUAGAUUGAAUAUCGAUAUAAGUGUAUAGAGAGCUGUCCAUUGUUGAACAGCCAAAUUCUUUUAACUUAUUUCAAUUUUUAUCAUACACUUAAAAGUGGUAGUUUUGAAUUUAGAUAGUUUUAAGUGUCAGCCAAACUUCAGAUGCCACUUUUGUAAAAGUAUUUAUACUUCAAAUGAAUGAAUGGAAAUAAAAUUGAAAAUAUAAUGAAAUUCAAA